AUGGGCUAUAACACAGAUUCAGUAGAGUGGCCUAGAGGGACAUAUAUUCCAGAGCCAGUGAAGCGGCUGAUUGACAGAUUCUACAAUCUCCUCGAUGACGAUGAUUCAGGGGUAGGAAGCAUCUUGGCGGAUGAAAUAUUCACUUUAGACGGAGUGGCCUAUUUUGGUGGACAGCCAUUCAAAGGCACAGAUGGUGAAGGCGCCGAACGAGUGUUGAGGGUGUACGUCGCCGACACCGACGCCAGUGACUUGCUGUUCAUAGCUAGCGUUACUAUGGGCCUGCGAAACGGGAAGCAGGUCGAGGGAGAGUUCGCAGGUCGUUUGCUCAUUGCAGACGCGACAGGGUCGAAUCCGAGGCUUAGACUUUACCAGGUCUGGGGGGAUUCUUCGGCGUUGAUGAAAGCACUACAGCCUUGA